CCCGCCCCUUCCGCCGCUGGGUCCGCCGCCGCCGCCGGCUCCCUGCGCGAGAGUCAAGAUGGCGAAGACGUACGACUACCUGUUUAAGCUGCUGCUGAUCGGGGACUCUGGCGUGGGCAAGACCUGCCUCCUCUUCCGCUUCAGCGAGGACGCCUUCAACACCACCUUCAUCUCCACCAUCGGAAUUGAUUUUAAAAUCAGAACAAUAGAACUAGAUGGGAAGAAAAUCAAGCUACAGAUAUGGGAUACUGCUGGUCAGGAAAGAUUUCGCACAAUCACAACAGCUUACUACAGAGGAGCCAUGGGAAUAAUGCUGGUAUAUGAUAUCACAAAUGAAAAGUCUUUUGACAACAUUAAAAACUGGAUAAGGAACAUAGAAGAGCACGCAUCUUCAGACGUAGAAAGAAUGAUCCUCGGUAACAAAUGUGAUAUGAAUGAGAAAAGGCAAGUUUCAAAAGAAAAGGGAGAAAAGUUAGCGAUUGAUUAUGGAAUCAAAUUUCUGGAGACCAGUGCGAAAUCGAGCAUAAAUGUAGAAGAGGCGUUCUUCACUCUUGCACGGGAUAUUAUGACAAAACUCAACAGAAAAAUGAAUGAGAACAGUUCGGCAGGUGCAAGCGGCCCAGUGAAAAUCACAGAAAACAGAUCAAAGAAGAGCAGCUUCUUUCGAUGCACGCUGCUUUGAUGAACUCCUAAUAAUAGACUGCAGCAUACCUAGAAAGAAAAAAAACCCAACCAACCAACCCUUUUCUGCUUCUCUGAAAGCACAGGCUCACCUCGCCUCAGAGCUGUUACCACCAGGCUGCUGCUGAGAGCUCUUUUUGAAUGUAGAGUGCUCUAAGCCAAGAGAAUGGAUUUUAGGUUGCUCUGCUUCUCAACAUGUCGGGCUCUUUCCUCUCAAACACGGAAGCCGUGAAGUUGAGGGAGAGAGAGAAUGAGAGAGACAAACACAAACGCAGGAGCUACAUCUUCUUUCUUCUUCAUCACUUUUGUUUCACUGCUUGCUUCAAAAGCUGCUAAGUUGUUGUUGUUUUUUCUUUGCACACCUGUACUAGCCUUUUGUUGCCUGCUUAGAGCACAGUCAUACACCUUGGGUAUUUGCACAGCUCUUUUGGGAGUCUGCUAAGUGGUCUGUAACGUGACGCCGUGCGUUUCUGUUCUUUUCCAGCAGUAGUGUGAAAGGAUCGGAAUGGACUCCCUCCCCUGCCUCUGUAGAGCACAUGCUCCAGCUCUCCAUGGGUACAGCCACCCGGCACAGAGGAUUUCGCUGCCUGCAUUUAUGAGUGGUCAGCCCAAACCUGUGUGCACUUCCCAUGUUCCCCUCCACCUAGUUCUCCUCUUCCACUCCAAUUAACUUAGAUGUGCUCUGGAAUGUGAGUUACUUCCUUCAGAGUGGAAGAGAAGGCAGGAUGGAUUGCGUGCAUCCUAUGUGAACUCCACUCACUCUGUACCUCGACAUAUACCACUUUCUGCUGUGGGCACAAGUCAUGUACAGAGCGGUCUAGUAUAUGUCCCUAGUAUUUUUCUCAGGCAUACAAACCUGUAAGCAGUAUAUAAGUGGGCUUUGUUUAACAUGUUGAGGAGAGCUUGACACCUCAGGCACUUAAUCUCUCCAUUGGGGUAAUCGCUACCCAUUUUGUUUUUAAACACACACAUACACAUCUGUUGACACUGAAAUGGCAUUUUGCUUCCUGAAUGUAGAGUAUUGCUUUUUCUGUUUCUUACGUCCUCAGCUCAGUGACACCUGCACUGCAACUUCAUUUCUAUUUCUGGGCGCUUUCACAAGAGCCUCGAGUUGUCGCCUGUGUUCAGCACAGCGGCUGUUUUGAGUCUAAAGCUUCCUGGUUCUGGUUUCACCCUGUUGAAUAUUGAUAGAGAAGGCUCACGUAGCAAGUGUCCCCUUAGUUUUCAGUCCCUUCCGAUAAAGAAGGUGUUUUACAAAAAGCGUAGUCGCUCUUCCUCCAGGUAUGACCAUCCUUGAUUCUUGGGGAACUGAAGUUAAUUCAGACCUUCAACCACCUUUCUCAUUCAGCUGAGACUCCCAUCUACUCUGUGACACCACUAUUAACAUUUUUCAUUUUUAAAAAAAUCUUGGCAGGGGUUUAAAACAGGUGCUUUAUUUUACUGAUGUGCCAAACAAAGACCCCUACAAACUACAACUCUUUACGUCUGGACCAUUUUACUCUAGACAGCACCAUGGCUGAUAUUUUGACAGAGGCUGUUAGGUUAGUCAAAAUCAUGUUUGGGUCUAGCUGUCUUUCUCACAAAUACUGUAGGUUGGCCAUUGGAAACCAACAGAAGGCAUCUUCUCAACCUCUGAACAGGUUAGGAAAGAAACCAUUCCUCCGGAGUUGUGUGCAUAGACACACUCCUCACCUGCAGGCCUAACCAUUUUGUGCAAAUUACCUCUUGGAUUGUGUCCCCAGUCCCCCCCGAUCUGUUUUGAUGGAAAAAGAAAAAGGAGUGUGUCUGAGAAUAUUAAAACAGCAAAAUACUUGUUUCUGCCUGACAGCUCUGGGUCCCACAUUUGAACUAAAGCAUUCCUAAUUUAUAUCAAAAGUGCUUUCUUUAGGGCAAGUGGGACUCUCUUUGAUGAAUGUCCAUCUUCUUCUUUAUCACCUCUGACUUUGUAUCGUAAUCUGUAUCUCAGGAGGUUGUCCGAAAGCCAAAACUGACACGUUCUGUGGUUCCCUUCCGCACGUUCUUCUUUGCUUUGUUGUGCUUCCUCUUUGCCCGUGUCGUCCUUUAUGUUUUGGUUCUGUGUGCGAGGGUUUCAUCUCUGUGAACUUCCCUUUGAGAGAGCCUGCAACUAGUUGAACCGAUAAAAAAAAAAUGCUUCUUGAAGCAGCAGCAAAUUUGGGGUAA